AUGGAUUCGCGAGAACAGGCAGAACAAAAACCAAUACAACCAGCUCAAAACAUUAUACUACAAAGUCCCGUCAAUCUUGCCAAUUUUUUCUAUACAGAGUCUUCGCAUUCACAAUUAGCCCCUCAAUCCACUUCAUCUACAUCUGAAUCAAACGACGAAAAAUUGAAACGUUACCGGGAACGUAAUCGACAAGCAGCAAAAAGAUCACGAGAUCGUAAAAUGGCGCAAUUAAAACAGCUCGAGGAACAAGUUUCUCAAUUGGAAAAACAGUAUGGAGAAUUGACAAAGAAGAUUGAAGAAGAAAAAGUUGUAUUGAUGAGAUUAGAGAAAAGAAAAAUCAGACACGAUAAAUUAAUAGAAGAAAGCGAGUGGUGGAAGAAAAAUGAGGAUUGGGAUUUUGUUAUGAAUCAAUUUUGA